AUGGAUCUGGUGCUACAGGACAGUCUCGGCCACAGCACACCCUGCCACUGCAUCCGCGUCCCCCCGCUAGGCAAGCAUUCCAAACCACGCACGAACAGGUUUGGCUCCCCGGUGCUCCGUACUCCGUGCCAGUACACAUCCGAUGGCCGAAACGUCCAAUUUAGUGUGCGUGGGGGGAACAGAAACGUCAUCAUCAGACUAUGCGAUUGGAAAUGUCACUGCUCGCUGUCAACCUCAAACUGGCGUUGGUUCAACAAGACAAGACGAGACUGA